AUGGAGAAGAUGAUUGGGUUGGACAUGGACACGGAGGUGGUGAUGUCGCCGGCUGCGAGAGCCGCCGUGUUUAGUAGCCCUUACUCCAGCCCCAGCACGGCCUUCCUGCUCCAGAGGAGAGUUCUUACUUGGGCUAAAGAAACCGGAUCGCCGGCGGCGGUACGCGUCCGCGUUGCCGAAAGAAGCUUCAUUCUGCACAAGGAUCCUCUGGCAUCCAGAUGCGGGUACUUCAGCCAGGCGAUGGAGGAGGUGUCCGGAGACGUCGAGCUGCCGGCCAGCUUCCCCGGAGGCUCCGAGGCGUUCGAGGUGAUAGGGCUCUUCUGCUAUGGUGACGCCGUGGCGCUCGACCCGUUCAACGUGGCGGCCGUGCGGUGCGCGGCCGAGUUCCUGGACGUGGCCGGCCUGGGCGCACGCUGCGACCUCUACAUCAACCAGGUGGUGCUGCAGAGCUGGGACGACGCCCUCAUCGUUCUCCAGCGCUGCCAGCCCCUGCUCCCCGUCGCCGAGGAGCUCCUCAUCGUCAGCCGCUGCGUCGAGUCGCUGGCGUUCAUGGCGUGCAUGGAGAUCCUCGACCCCGAGCAGAGCCGGGACCAGCCCGGCGUCGACGAUGUCGCCGCGCGUGGUCUGGUCGGCCGCCGCUGGGACGCCGAGCUCGUCAAGGAGCUCGCCGCGCGUGAUCUCUGGAUCAAGGACCUCAUCGCGCUCCCCUUCGAGUUCUUCAAGCGGAUCGUGCAGGCGCUGCGGCGGCAGGGCAUGAAGGAGAAGUACGUGAGCCCCGUGGUGCUCUUCUACGCCAACAAGUGGGUGCUCUCCAAGAAAACCCACAAGUUCUGGGCCAGCACGGACGAGUCCGGCGACGGCGGCGGCGAGACCGACGCGAACAGGAGGGCCACGGAGAUCCUGCAGGGCGUCGUCGAGCUGCUCCCGGCGGAGGCGAGCGGCGGCGCCGUCCCGGCUGCAUUUUACUUCGCUCUGCUGUCGCGGUCGCUCACACUCCAGCUGACAGAGGAGACCCAGAAAAGGCUGCGAGGCCAGGUUGCGUCCCACCUGCAGUUCGCCUGCGCGGACGACCUGCCGCUGCCGGAGCAAGAAGCCGACAGGUCCAUCGCCGAUAGCCCGGAGGUGAUUGCAAUGGAGAGCAUCGUGUCAAACCAUGUCGCCAUGCAACGGCAAGGGGCCGAGGGCGUCGCGGAUUUGUGGGAUCGGUACCUCGUGCAAAUCGUCGGCGAUACAAAGCUCCAGCCUGAGCGGCUGGCAGAACUGAUCGGUGUCGUUUCGGCCGGCGAUCGGAAGACCCACGAUCAUCUCUACGAAGCAAUCAACACAUACUUACUGGAGCAUCCGGGUGUGUCCGGCGACGAGAAGGCGUCGCUGUGCGGGAAUAUCGAAUGCCGGAAGCUCUCGCAUGAGGCAUGCAUCCAGGCGGUGCAGAACGAGCGGAUGCCGCUCCGGUUCAUCGUGCAGGCGCUGUUCGUGCAGCAGAUGCACACGCACCGCGCCUUCGCCGAGCGCUCCGACUCCUUCCGGUACAUGCUCUCCGGCGAGCUGAUCCCGGGCGUCGCCGGCGCGUACACACCGAGCCCGGGGUGCCCCGUCCCCACGAGCCAGCCUCUUAGCACCACAAGUCCGUACACGGAGGCCCACACCACAGUCGCGAUGGACGGGAAGCUCCGCGCCCGCGACGACGACGCGUCGGACUACGAGACGGCGAGCUUCAGGAUCCAGGCGCUGGAGCAGGAGAUCAUCUCGCUGAAGAAGACCCUGCAGCGGCACAACACCGUGAAAGGCGGCUCGGUUCGAAAGGACGGCAAAGAACCGAGCUUUAGGGCGGACGCGGCCGCGCCGGCGGCGGUCAGGCGGCGAGCCCCAGUGUCCGGCAGCUGCAUCGGCUCCAUGCGGUGGGGCUCGCAGCGGCGGUGCGCCAGUAGGAUCCUGCGCGUCUUUACGAGACUGGCCGUGUUCGGGCGGAGCAGAUCCAGAGGGAAACAGAGCAAGUGCAGGGCAGCAGCAGAGCAGCUCAGUUGCUUGUAG